UAUAUAUAGUCUAUACUAAAUGAACAAUCAACUAAACAAGUUUAUGUGGUGUACACUGUAACAAGUGUAUGUACCUACUCCCUACUGUACCACUGAGUCACUGACAACACUGUAGGUAUGUUGUUGAGGUGGCAAAUUAUGUCCCUGCAUCUCAUCUAUGUAGGGGCAUUAUCAGCCCACACAUCUGUGGCUACAGAGGCAGAAGAGGUCACUGAGGUGAUUGAUGCAUCAUGGACAAUUUUUCCUGAGGAAUCAAAUAUUUCAAUUCAGGCUUUAAGCUCAGAAUCACUCUCAAAUCACAGUUCAUCAGACCUCAGCACAGAUAUUAGCUUCUCUCCAUUAAAUACAUCUUUCCCUACUAUAAACAGUUCUAGAACUGACACUGAAAAACCUAGUUUCUCUAAUGAUACACUCGAGUCACUUCCCAACCAUAUCAAUCAACCUAAUGUUGAAGCCUGGAAGCCUAAUACUGCCACUGUGAAUAUCCCCUUAAGUUCACUAGUUGAAGCAUCGCCAACUAAUUCAAGCGUCAGCCUGCCACCGCCUCUUCCUGUACACUCGAGUCAAUCAUUGAGUCUUCCAAUAAAUCAAGAUUUCUCUUCCAAUUCCUUCAGUGCAGACCAACAGGGCACCUCUUGCAUGGCGGUACCCAAAUGUGAACUAUUGCAAUACAAUGAAUGUCUCGGAGCCUCCCUGCCAUACACGCACACCAGCCUUGCCUUCACUCGGCUGCAUAGUCAGCGUGCUGCCUUGGCGGAGCUAGAGGCGUGGGGGCGCUCCCUGCGACUGGUGCCUCGGUGCUGGGGCGUAGUGCAGCCUUACCUCUGCUCCGUGUUCUUCCCUCCUUGUGACAACAACACCAACACCUUGUAUCUUCCUCCCAAGGACAUGUGUGAGGCUGUGAGGGCACCAUGUGGUGUAUUAAUAAUGUGUUGUGGCAGCAGCAGCAGCCUGCGGGAGGUGAAGUACAACAGCAGCAGCGGGGCAUGCGUGGUGCCCCUGGUACCCACACCACGCCCCGAGGCCUGGUACCCCGGGGUACGGGGCUGCGGGCUGCCCUGCCAACACCCGCACUUCUCACGGGAGGAAACCGCGGGCUACAGGAGCUUCCUGGCCCUCAUGGGGGGCCUGUGCGUGGCGUGCUGUGCCUUCACUGUCCUGACGUACCUGGUGGAGUGGCGGUGUGGCGGGUGCCGGCACUACCCGUCAGCGCUGCUGCUGUACGUGUGUGGCUGUUGUCUGGUGGCGGGUGUGGCGCUGCUGGUGCAGUACCACAGCGGCGUGCGUGAGCGUGUCACGUGCCACGCAGACGGCACCCUGCGCACCCAUGAGCCCAGCACGGAGAGCAACAUGUCGUGCGUGGUCGUGUUCGUGUGCCUCUACUACUUCGGCGUGGCGGCGGCCGUGUGGCUGCUCAUCCUGGCGUACUCGUGGCACUGCUUCUUCACCGCGCUCGUUUGUGGCGAGCAGCGCGUGGGAGGUGGCGGUGAGAAGGGCGCCGCGUACUACCAUCUUGUGGCGUGGUCCUUGCCACUCGUGCUCACCAUCACCACGCUCGCCAUGGGGCAGGUAUCAGCGGACAACCUGCACGGCGUUUGCUUCCUGUCGCCGAGUCUGGGCGUGCGGCUGCCGCUGCUGCUGGUGCCUCUGACGCUCGUGCUGCUCACCACCUGCUUCUUCAUCACUAAAGGGAUGCUAAGAUUGUGUCAGCUGAAGCUGGAAUGCAACAACAUCCUGACGUCAAGCGACAACACUAAAGUCGUGGAGAGCAUCGUGCGUCUGGCAGUGCUGCUCGUGACUCUGGCAGCUUGCGGGGCCCUCACUCUCUACUGCCACUGGCACUACUACCUGCACUCUGGCAGGUGGCAGCAAGCUCUGCGGCAGUACAUUCUAUGUGAGGCUGGCUUAUCGUCGACGUUCCUGGGGGAGCGGAGCGAGUGUUCCGUCUCGUCCAGCCCCAGCCUGAGCGUCUUCAAGAUGCAGGUGCUGGCGUGGACCUGCACGCCCCUCGUGGUGUCGUCUUUCUGCUGGACGAGCAACACGGCGCAGGUGUGGCGGCUCUUCAUCGCCAGGUAUUCCAUUGAGUCCGGCUUCCAGUACUACGCCAGCAGCCGGCAGCAGCGCAAGGGUCGCAUGCGACGUCACUCGCUAGACUCGCAGCUCUCCUUCCACGUGUCCGACGUGGAGCGCGAGGCCGCCCGCCACACCAUCGUGCGCUUCGCUGCUGCUGCUGCUCCUGCUGGGGGUGUGGGGGCUACAAAUAGAGCGUCCGUGCACUCCUUCAGCUCCAGGACGUCUCGAGUCUCGCAGUCAGGGCGGCGCGGGUGGCUGGGGCGCAGACUCAGCGGGGCGCGCGAGUCUCGGCGCGGCUCCUACACGUCUGAGGACAGCAGCUUCAGCUCUGUGCUGGUGACGGGCGUGGGUUUUGGUGCUGACGACACCACACUUUUCUCGAACAUGAUGCGCCGCCUGCAGCUCUCCUCCUCAGCAGCAUCCAGCCCCUGCCCUCCUGCUGCUGCCCCGCUCGCUGCUCACGCGGACGUGAAGGAGGCAGCGCUGUGCAGCCGUGCGACCAUAGGCGUGCAGACGUCCCUGGAGGACCAGGACUUGCGGUUCCCUCGCCUCGCGUCCCCGCGUCACGCGCCGCUCGUUGACAAGGCCACGCAAGUGUCACCGAAUUUCAGCUCGCACCGCGUGACUCCAACCUUCAAGCCUUACCACCGCUCCCCUCCUCGUCUCUUCAGUAGACAAGCCUCGCUACCGUCCAGUAGUGAAGAUAUUAAUAGUAAAGAUGAUUCUCCAUCGGGCUGGAAAAAUGUCCAAAAUUAUGUGGGGUACAAUGGACACGAGAACAACGUCAAAGACGACCUGAAAUACGGUGGAUACUUGCAUGGUGCCUUGCCUGGUCCUAGCCUCGCCAGACGCCUCCCUGCUGGUGCAGUUGGUGGUAAAGACGGCGGCGACAUGGGCAGACAAAAGCGAAAGAAACGCAGAAAUGCAAGCCGCUCCCACGGCGCUGUAGGCCGUCGUGGCGCGGUCGCUGAGACCAGUUUUGUUAACAGCACAGAUUUGUUAUUAGCGAAGUCGAGGGAAGAAAGACGCAACGCUGGCAAGCGGCGAGACUCGGCAUCAGGACUAACUGAUCUCUUCCCUCACUGUUCGGCUGAGAGGCCUAACUUUAAUAUGAAGCCGUGUGGCGUGACGAGAAUAUCCGAUAAGACGACCAGCAGGGGUCUUGACGCUGAGACUGUCUCGACGGUCCUUGACUUGGAAGAUUUCUCUGAUUCAUAGUGCAUCUAUAAUGAUGGCGUGAGGUUAUAUUAAAUUAUAAAUAGACUUUACAUGCUCGAAAUUUUACAUCAUUACGAUUGACUUUUGCUCGCUCACUACUACAGAUCUGGGAUUUCUUCAGCGUUAGUUUUUAUCUGCUAGUUCACUCGGAUCAAUUUCUUCUGUAAGUGCUCCUAAAUUUCUAAGUUCCGUUCAUUAGGUGAACAUUUAUUUUGCUGGGGUGAAGAGCAGGCGUGACAUGCGCUACUGCCAACCUUAGUGUCUUCAAUGCUUCCUUGUAAACCAAGAAUAUCUCGUAUGCUGGAUCUCUAAACACUUUAAUGUCUCAAUCGUACUUUUAUGAUAAUUUACUUUAAGUAAGAAAUGUUAUGACGAUAACCGUAGGUCAUGCUAGAAUAACACUACGGAGGUAUAAGCCAAACCUACCUCAUUUGUUGGAUUCUCAGCCAUCAGGAGAAAUAGUUUAGAAAUUAAAAGCGAAGAAAACACCACAAAAAUUCAGCAUAUCUCUAUUGAAAACG